GGGGCUUGUUUGCAUUUCCCGCGGUUGUGACGUCAUCCCGCCGCGCGUGACAUCACGAGCGCUCCGCGGCGCGCGGGCCCAGCCCCAUGGCAGAGCAGGACCGGCCGCGGCGGCUCCUGAGGCUGGUCCAGGAGGGAAAUGUGGAUGUGCUCCGGGAUGAGCUGAGGCUGGAGGAGAUCCCAGAGGCUCGCAGCUGGCGCUGGGGACGUUUGGGAGAUUCCCUGCUGCACCACGCAGCUCGCCUGGGACACCGGGAUGUGCUGGAAUUCCUGGUCCGGGAGAUGGGGAUGGACACGGAGGUGGCCAAUGGGGACUACAAGAGACCCAUCCAUGAGGCUGUUUCCAUGGGACACCAGGAGUGUGUGUCCUUCCUUCUGGAGAGAGGGGCGAGCGUGGACUGCUUGAAAAAGGCUGACUGGACUCCCCUGAUGAUGGCUUGCACCAGGAAAAACUUGGGAGUGAUCAAAACUCUGGUGGAGCACGGAGCCAACCCGUUGUUGAGGAACAAGGAUGGCUGGAAUUGCUUCCACAUUGCCAGCAGGGAAGGGCAUCCCCAAGUGCUCCGGUACCUCCUGGAUGUGUCCCCAAGCUGCUGGGACACGGAGAGCACCACGGGGAGAACUCCUCUGCACACAGCAGCAAUGCACGGCUGUUCCCAGGUCGUGGAGCUGCUCCUGGAAAGGUGCCAGUACCAACCUGACAGCAGGGACAGCUGUGGGGUCACUCCCUUCAUGGACACCCUGCAGAACGGGCACGUCGGCAUCGCCCGGCUGCUGCUGGAGAAACACCAGGCCUGUCCCACAGCUGUGGAUGCCCUGGGUGCCCAGGCCCUGCACAGGGCAGCUGUGACAGCCCAGGAUGGCUCUAUCCAGUUCCUGGUGUCCGAGCUGGGCGUGGAUGUCAACGCGAGAGCGACAUCCCUGCAGCUGCCAGCCCUGCACUACGCAGCCAAGGUUUGUCCCUGCUCCCAAAUUCCCUCGGAAAAGCCUGUGCCAGGCACCUAAAGCAGGCUGCAUCAGGUGUUGGCCACCAUGGAGGGGAUUUGCAUUCCUGGCU